CGUAUUCACACUGAGGAAAAACCGUACUGGUGUGAAGAGUGUGAGAAAACGUUCAAGAGAUCAAGUGAACUCACAAGACAUCAACAUAUUCACACUGGACAAAAACCGUACAGCUGUGAAGAGUGUGGGAAAAAGUUCACUACAUCAGGUACUCUCAAAACGCAUCACCGUAUUCACACUGGAGAAAAACCGUACUGGUGUGAAGAGUGUGGGAAAACAUUCACGACAUCAGGUGCUCUCAAAAAACAUCACCGUUUUCACACAGGAGAGAAACCGUACAGCUGUGAAGAGUGUGGGACAACAUUCACUCAAUUAAGUACUCUCAAAAUGCAUCAACGUAUUCACACAGGAGAGAAACCGUACAGCUGGGAAGACUGUCAGCAAUGUGACAAAUGCUUUUCAACAUCUGGAGAUUUAAAGCGCCACCUGCUUAUUCACACUAGAGAAAAACCGUACAGCUGUGAAGUGUGUGGGACAACAUUCUCUAGAUCAGGUUCUCUCAAAACACAUCAACUUAUUCACACAGGAGAAAAACCAUACAGCUGUGAAGAGUGUGGGAAAACGUUCACUACAUCAGGUGAUCUCAAAGCACAUCAACGUAUUCACACAGGAGAAAAACCAUACGGCUGUGAAGAGUGUGGGAAAACAUUCACUAAAUCAGGUUCUCUCAAAGCACAUCAACGUAUUCACACUGGAGAAAAACCUUACUGGUGUGAAGAGUGUGAGAAAACGUUCAAGACAUCAAGUGAACUCACAAGACAUCAACGUAUUCACACUGGACAAAAACCGUACAGCUGUGAAGAGUGUGGGAAAAAGUUCACUACAUCAGGUACUCUCAAAACGCAUCACCGUAUUCACACUGGAGAAAAACCGUACUGGUGUGAAGAGUGUGGGAAAACAUUCACGACAUCAAGUGCUCUCAAAACGCAUCACCGUAUUCACACUGGAGAGAAACCGUACAGCUGUGAAGAGUGUGGGACAACAUUCACUCAAUUAAGUACUCUAAAAACGCAUCAACGUAUUCACACAGGAGAGAAACCGUACAGCUGUGAAGAGUGUGGGAAGAUGUUUUCUCAAAGUGUUCACCUUAAAGUCCAUGAGCGAAUCCACACUGCAUAAUUUUGAUCAACUAUGAGAGUCAAGCUAGCUGUUUCCUCCUCCUGAUGUCCUGAGAGCUGUGUUGUUAUAUUUUAAGAGUCUUUCUGAAUUGAAGUCUGACUAACUGACAGUUUUUUAUGUUCUAACCAGCUUUCACACUAUGCCGCCACAGAGAUGCUGUUUCUCCCGAUUUAAUUCAUGUUUGUAACGGUUCCUGAUCCAUAAAGAAUUGUUUCACUAUGCUGUUUUUCAACUAACUUUCUAAUAGUCCUUUUAUAACAUAUUAUAUGUCCAGGGUUAAACUGCUGGCCUCGUUAAGCUGCAUUGAAAGAAUUUAGUUUCACUGUUCAUUAAUCUGCCAAGUAGUUUCUCGAAUAAUCAGUUUGGUUAAUAAAAUGUUGUGACUUUAAACUUUGAUCGGGAUGUUUAGAUAGUUCCUGUUGAGUUAGCAGUCUGUAUUGUUCUUAAAGAAGAAACAAUGAUAAAUGUAUCUAGAUUAUAUUUACGAUGUUAUAUUUUGAUUGUACCAAAAUAAAAAAUGCCUUAGCCCCGCCGUACCUGGCAGAUCUUUUAAAACCAUACACACCCACACGGUCACUGAGGUCUGCUGACAGACUCCUUCUGGUAGUCCCAAAAUCGAGGCUAAAGCAGCGGGGAGACAGAGCCUUUGCUGUUGCAGCUCCAAAGUUAUGGAACGAAUUACCCCUCCAGGUUAGACUUGCUUCAACUCUGCCUGUUUUUAGAUCUCGUUUAAAAACCCACUUAUUUUCCCUGGCUUUUACUGUACAGACCAGGUGACACUUGUGCUUUUAAAUGUGGUUUUUAUUUAUUUAUUUAUUUAUUUUUUACCUUACUAGUGUUUUGUAUUGUUUUUACGUCAUAUAGGAGAGUUUUUCAGUCGGUGGCUUCUGAUCUGGUUUCAUUGUCUCGUGUAUUACAUUUGUUUCAUGUCCUGUCUGUUUUUAUGUAUUUAUGCUAUGUUUUUAUACAGUUGUUGAUGUACAGCACUUUGUUCAACUCUGUUGUUUUUAAAUGUGCUAUAUAAAUAAAAUGGAUUGGAUUGGAUUGAAAGAUGCACAUCCCUGUAUAUGUUUUGUGUUUUUCAGCACAUUAUAAACAUGUAAUUCCCUUGUUUGAAUGAAUAAAGACAGGAGGGAACUGUUUAAAUAAAUUGUCCGCAGACUUAAAUACAGGCCGGGCUUCAAGGGAACCCAGGAGAAAAGCGUUGUUUUUUAUUUAUAUAUAAAUAUAUAAUACAAGAUCUGAAUACUUCUUUUACUGAAGUAGAAGAUCUGUACUUCUAAAAACAGCAAAACCAUAGCUCCAAAACUCUAAACACAUUUUCAGCUCUGCAAACACUGCACACGGUUCUGUAAGUAAAACACGGGAAUCUGAGGUAAAACACUGCUAUUACUGUAAAACUGCAGCAACAUUAACCAUUAAAGAUAACACUUUUGCAAACUAGAUAGUUUUAAAAAUCAGAAUCCAGUUAAUUGUUAAGUAAGUAAUUCUAAUCAGAGUAAAUACAGCAACGU